AUGGUCGGUCGUAGGUCGCCUGGGCCAACAGGAACCCUAUAUUCCGACCUUCGAUCGCACGUUCCCUCCCAGCGUCGGGAACGUGCUUUUCUAUUGGGAUUGGGCAGUCCACCGUGUUUUACGCGGGGCGUGAGUGAUUCUCACACCCUCCCGAUGACAAACCUCCUCGGGUACCACACGCAACCGGAGAUGUUUGCACAGGAGACCGGGAAGGCUGCCCCAUAUGGUGAUCUGCUCGUGACAGCGGCGUCAAACUCGCAUGGCGCGGAUGAGGUCCGAGGUCGGAAUUUCAUCCAGGAUCAACUAAAUGACAUCCUUGGUAAGGACUUGCAUUGGAUCCCGGCCAAAAAUGCGACGCCUCCUCGCACUAGAGUGGCUGUUUGA